CGUCGACGUCGGCUCUGCGAGAGUUGUAAACUAAAGUCUAGCCCACUGCCGAGCGAAAUCACGAGGAUGCUACGACGAUAGCUAGCACUGCUUGCCUGACGCAUGCACCAGCAUGACGUUCUUGAGCAGCUCUACGCCGCCUGCGAGCCCGACGCGGCUCGACAGCAGUCUGCAAACGCCAGUGCAAACAGCAACACGAGAGCCAACUUUUCUGUCGCCCUUGCAGUCAUACGACACGCCAUAUAGACCUCCGCAAGGCAUUGGACUCGGACUAGGAAGCCCAACACGACCUGACAGGCCACCGCUUGCUAAGAAGACAUCACGACUGACAUUGGCUGCACAAUAUGAUGAGAGCGAGGCAGCUCUUGUGUUUGCUAGUCAGACUGCUCGGCUCAAGAGUACUUCUAUAGACGAGACACCGUCCAAAGCGCGCCCGCGCAAAUCUUUGCCGUUCGCAGUGCCGCGCUCGAAUUGCAAGGUCUCUAUCAAAGAGCAUGCCGAGAGCAAUGCCUACAAUCUCCUGGGAUUAGUAGCAAUGUCGAUUGCCAUUGUGUUGCUCUACCGACACCAGCAUCCACUCGUGAACGCGCCGGGUCACUCGAGUGAUACAAUGACGCUCGCGCAAGAGCUCUCUCUCGAACGGCCAUGGCGCUCCUUAGCGGUUAUCUACGAGCAUUUACCCAAAGCCUUUAGCUGGUCUGCCUACGUGGGCGCAUCGAACGAUCCGCUCGCGAUUCAUCCCAUCCUGCCACUGUUGAGAGACAGUCAAGCGCGGUGGACGCGAAUGACGCGAGCACAAUCGAGAUCUUUGGCAGCUGCCACAGCGACCUACCGAGCGCGGUAUGGCUUACCACCUCCACCAGGCUUUGCAGCUUGGUAUGCGUUCGCCCAAUCGCGUCAGCACCGCCUGGUGGACGAGUAUGACUCGCUCAUGCGCGAUCUGAAGCCAUUCAGAUCUCUGCCACCUUCGGUCUUGCGCGAGAGAAUACAAACGCUAGGGCAACUUCGAGGAAUAAGCUUAGUGCACGUCAAAGCCGGCAAAAUUAGCCUCGAGAGCCGGUCAGGACUCUACGCGCCGGCUCAGGCGAUACGAGAUAUGAUGAAGCCAUAUCAGAAGAACCUACCGGACCUCAUUUUCGCUGUCAACGAGAAGACCGAGGGUCGCAUAUUGCCCCGCGUCUGGGCACCAGAAGAGCGAUUGCGACACGAUCCUACGCCCGCGCGGAAUGCCACAGUGCUCAUAAGAGAUCCACUGGCUGAUGAGAUCCAUGCCAAUGGCUUCAAAAGUGAGUGGAAAGGCGAAGGGAGCGUGUGGUCGACGUUCCAACGAGCAUGUCCACCACAUUCGAAUGCGCGCCGAUUGAUCAAGGCGCUCAGAUCAGACGAAUCAGCGCAGACGCAUGCCGGAGCAGCACCGAGACGAGCAACAGGUUACCCCUUUGUUGGCCGAGGCCAGCAGAGUACCAAUAGCAGUCUACCGCCUGUCAGCAGACGGCGGAAUACCGCGCAAGUCGACAGCGCUCGCGCAAGUCAAAGCCUGCCGCAGCCACGGGAGCUUACUUUCAAUACUCAGCUAGACUCUCAACUCGAUCUUUGUAACAAGCCAACGCUUCACGCGCUCAGUUCUGCUUGGUUCUCAGACACGCGUUCGAUAUCCCAUCUCUAUCCGCUCUUCUCGCCUGCCAAGCCGACUGGCUUUGCCGACAUCUUGAUCCCCGGAAUCUACCAUUGGAGUCCGCCGAGUGAGUACGAGUAUGAGUGGGAGUUCAAGCACGGGCGUUCUUCGGCACCAAUGGACGUCGAUUGGUCACAGAAAGACGCGAAAAUCUUCUGGCGAGGCAAGAUUACGCAUGGGGCAGAUUCACCCAUUGGUCAUUCCGCUAGUUUUCAAAAGCAGCGUCUUGCGAGCCUGGCGAAUGAUGACGGAGGCAAUCGCAUUGGUGGCAAGACGAUUGUCCGCGGUCGAAAGUCUUCAGUACCGGCUCAUCUGCAAUCAAUGCGCGCUAUAGUCAUUUUCAACGCUAGCGAUUCUUCGCUUGCAUCCGUCUCUGCGCCCUCGUGGCUAAUCAACAGCGAGACACUCGAUGUUGCAAUGGCUUGCGACUUUGCACUCGACCAUCACGCUUGCCGCGAGCAGAGACUGCAUGGCUUCAAGAUUGCGCAACCUGGUCCUCUCAGUGACGCGUGGCAACACAAGUAUGUACUCGACCUGGACGAAGUCGGUCACUCGCCACGCUUCCUCGCAUUUAUGGAGAGCAAGAGCGCAGUCGUCAAGAGUACAAUACAGCGCGAGUUCUGGAGUGAUUGGGUCGUGCCUUGGCACCAUUUCAUACCGCUCUCAUCUGCAUUCGCCGAGCUCUUCAACAUCCAUAGCUUCUUCACUGGUCUUCCGGACGACAUGCACGAUAACGAUCGCGUUUCACAGCCCACAACACUCUUGGCGCCGUCUCGCCGGCUUGACGCCUCGACACUGAAGCAAAAGCGCGUCACUAGCGAUGGCUCGUUCAGCGGCGACGAGGCUCUGCGCACUAUCGGCGCACGAGGCUCAGCAUGGCGUACGCAACAUGCUCGACGAGACGACAUGGAGGUGAGUAGCGCAACCACAUGCUGCUUCUGAUCUGAUCUCAUUCUCAGGUGUACAUGUACCGCUUGCUCAUCGAAUGGGCAAGACUGCUGGACAGCCCUCUGCCCAAUGCAGCUCGCAGAUAGACCUUUGUUGUACUCGC